AUGCGACUCAUCAACUGCAAAGAGCUGCGUCUGGAGGAGCUCAUCGAACCACCUGGCACCCACCCGUUCGCCAUCCUCUUUCACACGUGGGACGCUGAGGAGGUCACGUACCAGCAGUUCGCCGACACAGCGGCGAGGAGGUUCAAGAGAGGCUGGGCCAAGAUCCAAAGGGCAUGCGCUACGGCCCGGGAGUGCGGGUGCGACUACCUGUGGGACGACACCUGCUGCAUCGACAAGCAGGACAAUGCCGAGCUCACCGAGUCCAUCUACUCCAUGUUCCAGUGGUAUAGCGAUGCGACGGUGUGUCUCGCGUUCAUUGCAGACUUUGACGCCACGGCCGGCGACAUGGAGUCGCUGCGCAGGGCUCGCUGGUUUUCUCGAGGAUGGACUCUUCAGGAGUUGAUCGCGCCGUCAACAGUCUACUUCUAUGAUCGGGAGUGGCGGCUCUUCGGCACGCGGUCGAGUCUGUAUCAGGAGCUCUCGUCCAUAACCGGGAUCAGCACAGACAUCCUAUCUCCUCCAGACGGGGCGGCACUCAGGGACCUGCUGGACGAUAUCCUCAUAGCAAGAAGGAUGGCCUGGGCCGCUAGGCGACACACGACCAAGAAGGAAGAUAUCGCCUAUUGUCCCCUCGGGAUAUUCGGCGUCAACAUGCCCAUGCUCUACGGCGAGGUCUUCGCCUGGACCGCCAACGACCGCACCCAGGAUCCUUCAAAAAACGUCUCACCCAACAAGAUAUAUCGCGGCAUCCUCGCCUCCAGUCCAGCCGAGUUCGCAGGAUCAGCCAAUAUCGAACCAAACAACGACUCCAAGUUCAAUCCGGACUACUUCAUGUCCAACAAGGGCCUGCGCAUCCAGACGGUCCUGCACGCCACCGACACCGACGAAGUCGUCAUGCCGCUGAACUGCCACCUAACCCAAAAUCCGUCCUCCCAACUGGGUCUCAUCCUCAAGCACCAGGGCGCCAGCGUGUACGUCCGAUCCUGGCUGCGCGUCCUCGGGCAGGUUAGGAACGUCGGCGCCCCGACCUCGACGGGGCACAACAUCUUCGUCGCCAAGCGCGCGAAAGCCAGCAUCACGCGCACGCUAGGCGCCGCGCACCGCAACGCGUUCCACUUCCGCUUCGACUUCAGCCCGCAGAACACGAUCCGGCUCGUCGAGACGGCGCCCGCGGAGCUGUGGGACGCGCAGAACCGGCUCAUUAUCACGAGCGGGUCGCGGCAGUUUACCGCCUUCCACCGGUUCGCGGUGUCGGGCGCGGCGCCGGGUCAGUUCGUCAUUGCUUGCGGUAUGAGCAUGAACCAGGGCGGCGAGGGCGGCAACGCCAAAGCCAACCCCUGGAGGGUGUGCGUCGGCGGCGAGACGGGCGAGCUGUUCGGGGCGGCCGCGGGGCGCAACUUCCAGGCCGUCGCCGACAUCGGCCGCGCGCGCGGCUUCGUCACCGAGAAGAAGAAGGACCUCAAGGCCAUGGCGCCGAACAGCACGACCUGGAAGGUCCGGUUCGCGGUUGCGAAUGUGAGCUGUGCUGUCCAGACUGUUCGAGGUGAGCAGGGUAUUGUUGUUGCGGCGAGAGUGACCAGGAAUACGCCGAUGGGGUUGCAUAUGUAG